CCGAGGGGAUCUUGGGACUCCGAGGAGGGCGGUCCCCACUGCCACGUCUUCCCGCUUCCCUCUACUCGCGCCCCCGCAACCCUUCCAGCCCGCCCUCUCUGCAUCUUGUGGCGUGGCACUGCCCAGCAUCAACGUGCCCCCCACCCCACCCUGUGGUGUUACUGUUAACACAAUAUAAACUUUAUUUCGAUAGUUUCUGUAUUCGACAAGAGCCCCCCGUCGCCGCCGCCGCCGCAGCCUCCCGUUGCGGCCUACUAAUCGCUGCAGGCCGAUCGCGCGCGUUCCCCGGCGGAGCGACUAGGCGAGACCCGGGGAGGUGGUAGGGGGGUGUCCGACCUCGGGGACUCGAGGCGCUUCUCUCUGUGCACACCCUCACCCCCCACGUCUCGUUUCUAUCAUCCACCUCGGCAUCCCCUCGGGGUCUCUUCCACCAUCCACCUCCACCCUCCUCGCGAAGAUGGCCGUGACGAGCUGGGGGCUGACGAUAAACAUCGUGAACAGCAUCGUCGGCGUGAGCGUGCUCACGAUGCCCUUCUGCUUCAAGGAGUGUGGUGUGGUGCUGGGCACGGCGCUGCUCCUCUUCUGCGCGUGGAUGACGCACCAGACCUGCAUGAUGCUCGUCAAGACGGCCUUCGCCACCAAGCGCCGCACCUACGUCGGCCUGGCCUACCAGGCAUAUGGGCACCCGGGGAAGCUGCUUGUUGAGGCCAGCAUGAUCGGCCUCAUGCUGGGCACGUGCAUCGCCUUCUACGUCGUCAUCGCCGACCUCGGAUCCAGCUUCUUCGGACGCCUCCUCGGGGUCACCGUUUCGUUUGGGUUCCGCGCGCUCCUCUUGCUGGCCGUGGCCUCACUCAUCGUGCUGCCCAUCAGCCUCCAGCGCAACCUCAUGGCCUCGCUGCAGGCGCUCAGCGCCAUGGCGCUACUCUUCUACGCCUUCUUCGUGCUUGUGAUAGCUCUCACAUCCCUGCGUUACGGCCUCUUUGCGGGCGGAUGGAUGAGACGAGUGCACUAUUGGCGCCCGGCCGGGACCUUCCGCUGCCUGGCGCUCUUUGGCACAACCUUCCUGUGCCACCCGCAGGUGCUGCCGACAUAUGAUUCGCUGGACGAGCCAUCCGUCAAGCACAUGAGCUCCAUAUUCAGCCGCGCGCUCAAGAUUGUUUACACGUUCUACAUCGCCGUCGGGUUUUUUGGCUACGCGAGCUUCACGGACGAGAUCGCCGGGAAUGUCCUGAUGAACUUCCCGUCGAACGUGGUAACGGAGGCGAUCCGCAUGGGCUUCGUCCUCUCUGUGGCCGUCUCCUUCCCCAUGAUGAUCCUGCCCUGCCGCCAGGCGCUCAACACCCUGCUCUUCGAGACGCAGCAAAAGGACGGCACGUUCACGGCAACGGGCUUCAUGCCGCCGCUGCGGUUCAAGGUGGUGACGGCACUCAUUGUGUUCUCCACCAUGCUGGUCAGCGUGUUCGUGCCCAACGUUGAGACGAUUCUAGGACUGACCGGAGCCACCAUGGGCAGCCUCAUCUGCUUCAUCUGCCCGGCGCUCAUCUACCGCCGGCUCCAUAAGGACGGCUUCAUCGCACAGCUUGUGCUGUGGGUGGGGCUGGUGGUGCUGGUGGUGAGCACCAUCAGCACCCUGUCCCCGGCGUCGCCGGAGAAGCCCGUGCCAGCGCCAACGCCGGCCCGGGCCGGGAUGCUGGACCUCGAUGUGGCGCUGGCGCCUGAGGUCCGCGAAGCGAACCGCGGCGCCGACAUCGGCGCAGCACCCGACGUGCUCCCAGCGGUGAACGGUGCGAUGGGGGCCAUAGCGGCCGGUGGGGGGAGGCUCAAACUCGACUCCAUGGAGGAGGGGGCGGCCGAGCCCCCCCAGAUCGAGGUUCCCAAAGCGGAGUUGGAGGACAAGAUUGGGGACGAGCAAGGACAGCUGCUGAGGCCGGACGAUGGAGGUCAGCAGGCGCUGCAGGAUGAGCAUCGUCACGAGCCGCCCGUGCCGCGUGAUGGUGUGCCGUUGGACCGGCCGGGGGCACCAGAGAAAAUAAAGGAGAGCGAGGAGCACGAGGAGAUGAUUCCCGAUGAUAAGCCUGGGCCGGGUGUUGGGGGGAGGCAUGGCGGGGGGCACGGCGGGGGGCAACGCGAGGGUGACGACCACGCCCAAAACGUGGGGGGGGCGGCCAUGGAUAUGGAGGAAGUGGUGGCUGGGCGGCAUCAGGCUGACGUGCAGGACCUUCGCGAGCUCGUGCAGGAAGAGAAGGAGAAAGCGCUGCAGCCCCCACACCGCAAUGGAGGAGGAGGCGUAGCCGGGGGCCUGGCCAAGGCCGAGGUCAGAGGUCAGGCGGCGUUGGAUGAUGAGAACAAGCCGAAGGAGCCGGCAGAGCCCAAGAAGAAGGAACGCGACUUGGUGGAGAAAGAGGUCCACGUGAGAGCGCGGGACGAGGCCGGAGGCGGCGCCGAUGACGCUGCCGCCCCCCCCCCCGCGGCACAUCCACGCGAUGAACCGAACGCCGCCGAGGUAGUAGCAGAUGACGCUGCACCAGCAGGAGCUGCCGUGGAGCCCGGUGACCAGCACCGGCGGCCGCCGGCCGAGCACGACAAUAACGCCCGGCCGGUGGAGGCAGCGGCUCGUGGCGAGGAGGAGAAGCCACAGGAAAAGCCACAGGAGAAGCCGCAGGGACAGCCGGCCGCCGGCGCCGAUGUGGGCGUCGGACAGGGCGAGGGCGAGGAUGGCAAGCUGGACCAGAAGCUCCUGCUGGAGGUGAUCAAGCAGCAGCAGGAGCAGCAGAAGCGGCUGCUGGACCAGCAGGAGCGGCUGCUGGCCGUGAUCCAGGAGCAGCACAAGGAGAUGCACGGGCAGGAGAAGCUCGAUAACGCUGUGCGGCCUCACAGCCAGCCUGCUCCGGAGAAUGCUGAUGGCAGUAAAGAUACCAACGACAAACCUGCAGGAGGAGAAGUGGAUGCUGGCGUGAAUCCUGCGCAGGAUGUCGAGAAUAGAGAUGGAGCUGCUGAGCCGGAAAUGGAGGCCAUGGUCGAAGUGCGUAAGGAAGAGAAGCCGGCGCCUGCCGCCGGCGCCCCAGCCGACAAACAGCUCCACCACGCUCCCGCUGAGCCGGGGAAGGCGUCGCACGAGGUGGAGGUCAACGUGCAGGUCGCGAGGGAUGCGGGUGUUGAAGUGGAAGUAAGAGGGGUGGAGGUCGCGAAGAGAAAAGAGGAGCCAGCGGUGGCGGCGGCAGUGGCGAUGGAUCAUCGCAAUCACGACGGGCACGCAAAUGAUCGCCACCCAGAGCACGACGCCAUUCCCGCUAAACUCGCCGAGCCACCGGCGGCGCGGCGAGAGGAGGGGAAAGCGAACACCGGCAAGGGGAGGGAGGUUGAGCAUGUGGUGGUGGCGGACGCGCCGGGGCCGCCAGCAGAGGGUGCUGCUGUGGAGGAGGAUAAGGAGAAUAAACAGGAGGAUAAGCUGGACAGCCCCGAUCUGCGUCGCAAGCGGAGGAGGAGGGAGUCUGAAAUCGUCGCAAGUUUGGAGGCGGCGACGGCGAAAGCUCCCCGGAGACGCAGUCAGGAAACCGUGUUGGAGAGACUGGAGGUGGGGGCCUUGGUUCCAGCCCUGGGACCUGACGCGCUCCUCCACGGGCACGAGAGCCCGGCCCGCGUCCAGGUUGCGCCGCUCGGCAGCGUCGUGCGAAAACUGAAGCAGGCCGCGGAGCCCGACGGGGGGUAGAGGCCUCGGGGUCCGCGCCGCCCCUGUCGGCGCCGUUUGUGUUUGUAACGUCGUGCCGGCCGCGGCGGUGUGGGGGACGCUUUGUGUGAGGUCGGACUUCCGCUCGUUACCGAUGACACCUCCCCCGUUUGCGCUCUUAGACGAAACCUGCCGUUCGAAAUCCGUGGAAGCACCUUGUGGUCAUCGUCCGUGAGAAGCCGCUCUCUUUCCCUUUGUUGCCCGGGUGACUGUCGAGCCUCUUGCCUCUUUUCCACUGCGUUAUCUAGCCGUGCCAUCGCAAUCGCACACAUUGAGCCACUUGAGACGCGUGUAGACGACGUGAAGACUUUGUGUUUGAGUUUUACUCGCCGACGUCAUCAUCGUUCUCACCCCUGGCCCUGCUGGGCCCCGAGCCAAAUUCAGGUGUCCUGUGAGGCCCCUGCGGUGGCCUAGCUCAGUUUUGCUCGUGGAAAAAGGGAAUAAGUGGGCUGCAGCGCUGUCAUAGGCCAUCGCUGGGUCUCGAUGCUUCCUUAACUCGCACCACAAAGCUGGGACAGGCUUCUUGUUGGGCCCGACUUCAUCUGCAGCGUGAGCGACGUCCUGGGCUGGUGUUGGAGGCAGAACCGCAGCACCGCAACCAUAACCCCAACCCAAUUUGUCCCCAGUGUUAGAGCGAUCGGGUAAAUUAUCACCUUGAUUGGAAACAGGAUGCGGACCAAAUAUGCAUCGGCCUUCUGCCUGACGUUGCCACACAAGGUAGAUGGGAGAAUAUGAAUAAUUUAAAUGUGGGUUUCAUGGAUGGGUAUCCUGGUGGCUCGUGGGGUUCGUGCAGGGUGGGGACACGCUGAGGUGAUCCCAGGGUUCCCAUCUGGGUGGCAGGCGCCCGUGAUUAAACCGGGUUCUUGAGCGUAGCGAGUUGGUGGUGUCACCCCAUUCACCAAUGACUGCACAAUAAAACCCAUGGUGUUAAAUGUUGUUUGUCACUUAACUCAGCGUUUUGCAGUGCUGAGAAUUAAAAAAAAUUCCGAUUG